AUGCCCACCGUGUACUCCACAGCAAGGUGAGGCAGGCACGGCGACUUGCGUGUAAAUUAGUUUACAGUGGGAGUGGACUUUCGAGGCAUCUACUGCACUCUCUCCUCCUCCCUCACCCGCACCCGGUGUCAAGACAUUGGCUGGAAGACCAAGGGAGGACGCAGGUAGAUGGUGCUGCCGAGCCCGCGCCUCGACGUUCAACUCCACACCCCUGGUUCACAACAAACACUGGACCAGGGUUUUAACUAACAACAACAGCACCACAACGGGUCAGAAGGAGGAGGAGGAGGAGGAGGAGGAGGAGGAGGAGGAGGAAGGUGACUGGGCAACCAUGCUCAUUACCUGUAUACCCAUCGGGAGCGCAGACGCAUUUACCGGCAGGGAAUCAGGUGCCAUAGCACAACUGCGUAGAGCCAGAGAUAAGUCCUGGGCUGUCGGGAGGGACGAAGCAGAAGUGUCCUCAUAAUUCAUCCAUACGUUAGAUGAAGACUGUCGGUUUAUAGCUUAUAAGCACUUAUUACCACCCUCGUAGUUUUUGGUGUUACCUACGCUGCCUUUUCAUGCAUGGUAAUUGUCGGCAGUGGUAUACUCUUCAGUGUAAGUUUGUUCAAAAUUCAUCCAACCGCACCGGCGAACCUGGAAAGACCAUAUAGCUACAAAGCCGGUUACCGCCCACAGCAUCCGGUACACCCGAACAGUGUGACUUUAAACAGUCAUAUGAACAAAGGCAAUUUCUAUUCCGAAGUUCAAAGUCUGUCUAUUUCAUUAUUUUGAAAGGUCCACUUGGCAAGAAGGAUUGGCGCCGAGCAUGUCACGUGGCUUGAGAAAUGGUUUAACAUAUGAAAAAAUGCAAUCGCUCUCUCUUUCACACACACACGCCUAAGUAACAAAAACUACUAGAGUCUAAGUUAAUGACGCAUUUAGUGUCCUGAACACAGAGGGCAGGUAAAUGCUGACUGUGACGAAACCACCAAACUGACCUUGAAAAUUCUGCAUGAUAAGCAAGCGCAUCAGCAGCUGGGAUCUGAAGGCCACUAAAGAGGUCUCAAAAACUGUAUGGAAGAACAUUUUAGCUAGCUAGAAGGAUCAAAUUUUCACUCGGGUCGGUUGGCUACUGGGCUGCCUAAAGGGAGGCAAACAUUCCGGACUAAGCACUUUCAUUUAAACGAACUGCGGGUAAUUCGAGGGCUAGGUGGAGAUUGUUGUUUCUUGCAUUUUACGAUAGCCAAUAUCCGAUGCACAGGCAACGACCAACUUUUACUGUCAGUACUUUUGUGGAAGUGUUGUCAUUCUCUCUUUCAUGGGAAGCUGAGCAAUGCAUUCCUAAAUACAGCUACUGAGUCAACCCAGACGCCUACAGAACUCUACUAUGGCUAUUCACUCGAUUCCCCUCACCAGGUAUAAAUCCAAGCGAGGUGUUCUGAUUACGUUAUUGUACGCGGCUAAGAAGCAAACAAGAUACGAAAGGUAGGCAUGAAAACUAAACCAAUUUCAUUUGAGCUACCUCUGAAGCAUACUGGAGGUAAAGAGGGAGGAGAUAAUCCCGGACAUUGGGGAUUCUGGGCAUAACGGACAGUUCGGCAUCUACGCCAUCGCAAAACAGGUGAAGCUAGGGCGGUAUAGCCAUGUCAAGCUAAUGGCUGACAAAAGUGUGCCCAAAAAGGCUAAUUUACAGCACAAUCGUUACGGCUGCUUACAGUCAAGUCGGAUAAAAAGCGACGAUACAAGUACAGCCCCAAGACCUCUCACAAGCAGCUGCGAACUAACCAUGGUAGCUGGGAAGACCCCGCACAGAGUCAACUUGUGUGUUACAUUGCUGGAAAAACCGGAACAGAAGUCUUCAAAGUCAACCGAGUAGCGGAGACCAAGGUGAAGUGAAAGGCACGCAAUUCCCCAAUGUAGUGGACGAACGUCUCAAGCACGCAAAGCCUGUCAAUGUAUGCAAAUUUUCAAUUGAGAAUAAGAACGCACAUUAGCCUCCUUGGGCGUAUUCGGAUACAUCGUAAUUCCAACUUGCUCAUACUGCCGCUCAAAUCUUAAAACUCUGUUUUAAUCAUCGAGACCAUCCCUGCCAUCACGAGAAUCAGCACUGGAGCCGCCUAUCUUUCAUGUCUUCACCCUACCAGAGUGUUUCGAUCCCGUUUUCUCCAGGCCGGACAUCUCUGUCCACGCCACCGGGACAAAAACUGCACCCUGAAAGCCUCUGCCGUCAAUGCGGACAUUGUUGCGGCUUGCCAGCACUACAACCGCACAUCCAAGUCCCGCGUGGCUCUGACUGGCGGCCUGUCGUUCCAGAACAUUCACGCACUGCAUUAACAUAUCCGGACACAUUUGAAUGCAUGAAAACGGUAAGAAAAAGAUCGCAGUCUCCGUCUAUGUCACACUACUGGACAGUCUGGCUGCUCACACGCCUGGUCGGUCAAACACUUACACUUGUCAACCAUCUGCAAGGUAUGACACAUCCAUCACACAGGAACUACUCGACGCAAUGUCAUGCCGUCCUCAGGAUGAACGAAGCGUCCUUUACGAGAACACGCAUAUCCAAUUAUGUGACAACGGCAAUUUUUUCGUAACUGCUGAUCAUAAGCAGUGGGAGACCAGCACUCGUGCCGUAACGGAACGACCAUCGAUUCCGACUACAUCCGCCAUGUGCCCCACAGCGCGAUGGGCGCAGGGACGGUAGCUUGUACGUGAAGUAAAUUGUAAUGGUAGUAAACUUGCGCUGUAUCUACAGCACUCACUCCUCUUUCCCACGCUCUUGUGCUCGGUGUCAGGGGAGAGUCAAGAGGGCCGGAGACGGGAAAGGGCGAAAUGUUCGACGUACGACGGACCAGGUUUUCACCAAACAAGAAGGGGGCGACUCGGAUCCCGAAUGAGUGAAAAUGCUGUAGAGACCAUGUUGAGAAGGAGGCAUCGCAGCCUGACCCCCCGACCUGAGAGGAGGACCGAUUUAGCGCAUCAGUUGGCAAUGGCCGUACGCAGCUGAAUGAUAGGUCUCGAAAUUUAUGACGUCAGUAAAUUCUGCAUGCUUUGUCGCCUUUGCUUUACUCAAAUUUAUUCCGGGAAAACACUUCGGUUUGCCUAGUACCUCCAUUGCUCGGAGCUGGAGGGCGUACUCCGUCUCCAGGAUGUGGGCAGCGAUUUCAGACGACUGGUUUUCCAUCGAUACAGCCAGUUAGUGGCCCUGUACGCGUGUUCAAAGGUUUUCUAAAGCCUUGCCAGUACGGUACAUGAUGGCUUCGGAUCGGUAUGCAAUCCCGACAUUCGGGCUUGGGGCAAUGUCUUCAGCUGUCUCCGAAGCAACUUUAACAUAUAAUUUGGCGUGAUAUUGUCGAUGUCCGUUGAAACAGCACAAAACGCCUUUGCUCAAUGUCUACCUCUAAUGCGAACGCUUCUAGAAGCGUUGAUCUUACAACGCGACCCACUGCCUUGACGGAAUGCGACGCGGACACAGUCAGGUAAGUUAUAGACACCGACACCCCAUGUACACACUGGUUAGGAUACGUGUUCCUUCGACUCAGACGCACUCAACUCUCUCCUAUUCACGACCUAAAAUCGCCAGUGCCAGCAGCCAAUGCUACCUGAGGCAGCAGUUCAUCCAUCCCAUCUUCUGAUAACCGUAACUAGAUCCAAUGCCUGUGGUGCAUGAGUGCGCACAGUGUCAUUACGGACUGGUCCCCCAACGUGAUAUGAACAAGUGGCUCCCCGACGUGGCUGAAUUCGGUCGUCACGACAUCCUCACUCAACUUCGCCUUCCUGUUUUUCCUUUGCACCUUAUCUGGUCUACGGAUACAAAGUGCGACUGCCGACACCCUGUUGCAAAUCGAAGGGGAUGUCGCAGACAAAACUCCGCCAGCAGAUUCCAGGACCAAAUUGUGCGAAGUGGUUUUACAAAAGUGCCGGCAUCCCUGUUUCCCUGAUACGAUCCUCUUCAUAUUCUGACUGGAAUCUUCACUCAUUACUCAUUUUCAGUGUUCAACACGGUCCUGAAAUCCGUCUUGGUUCGCGGUCUGAGUGAAAGUGACUCCUAACUAACGCAUUAGACUUGUUCCACAUAGGACAAAUUCCUCAUUCCAAUGCCUUCCAUAUUCUCCUCUGGUCUCCAAAGUACAUUAGAUACCUCUGUCGUCACAUUGUCCCUCUGGUUGUUGUUUUUUUAUUGGGGCGGACACGAAACCAGUUAUUGAGACUCUUAGCUAGCUGUCACGCACAUAUUAGUUGCGAAUAUGUGAAACCAUAGGUGGUAGUUAUUAAAUGUCGCAUUUUGAUGGACAACUGCAUGAGCGUCUGGACCACGUGUCAGCGCUGCAACGAACAUUCCAGCUCAAACACCUAGCAAUUUUCUGCUACGAUUGCAGCCCGCAAUGAGGACUCCUUCCUCUAACACCGCAAAUGACAGAAGAGUCGGCCUCGAAUGUUGAUAAAAUACCAGGACUCGCUCAGCACAUCAACCAGGCUGGUGCCUUAUCAUCGGCAUUCACCAACUUCCUAUGACGUGAACACCGACAUAAUCGAGCUCUACUUUGUCAAAUCCAGGUCAGCUUCUCUACUUUUAUUGCCAAGAACGCAAUAUCUCCAUUUCCGAUAGCAGUUCUUGCCUUUACAGACCUACGGUGUCAUGUGACCCCCUCCGUGAAGCCAGGCACGGUACUGGACAUAGCGAAAUGAGGCAUUCGGAGACGGCAGUCUUGUGGAAGCUUUGGAGUUCGGGGUGGGCUUUCAAAAACCGGCAAAUAAUUGAACUUGCAUGGAGAAAUGAGAUCGUACCUGCUGCUAGGGACGCGGCUUUCCUUCGGUAUACCCGAAUGCGAGUAGGUGGAUGAACAUUCCCACACUGCUGCCGCCCAUGAAAUAACCUGCACCAUCGAUCGAUGACUGCCUAGCAUCCGAAAACGCUACCAACUUAUCCGCCAAGGUAGUGGUAAGCCCUCUACACUGAGUGACUGUUCGCGACGUGAGUGGCGGCAUUAUUGCGGAUAAUCGGCCAGUCAGGCGCUGGCGUGAGCACUUUCAGCGCCAUAUCAACUUCGAUACCAAACCCACCGCGCCAUUGCCCUCCUCUGCAGUGGAGUCGCCUCCCUCUCCAACGUGUGCAGUGUCAAGCGACCCCCCUCCCCCCUCUGAAGGAGAAAUCGCUGAUGCCAUACAAAGGCUACGCAACAACAAGUCACCCGGACAGGACGGUAUACCCCCUAAAAUCUACAAGUCUUGCGCCGACACUCCGGCGCCCUGGCUCCGUGAGGUGACUGAACAAGCGUGGAAAAACGAGAUUGCUCCUGAUGGCUGGUUCUCAGGCAUCCUUCUACCUAUCCUCAAGAAGGGAGAUAUGACAAGAUGCGAGAACUACCGCUGCAUAUGCCUCAUCGGCGUUGCUGUGAAGAUCCUCGCUAUUUACUUCUCAGACGAUUCCAGGCUAUACGUGACUCUAGGACGAGGCCCAACCAAGCCGGAUUCCGUGCUGGACGUGGAUGCGCGGACCAGAUAUUCACACUAA